AUCAUUCCCCUAUAGUCUCUUUUUCAAUCAUUCAUAUCAUUAUUCAACUUCAUACUAAUAACUUCAUUUGACCUAUAACACGUUGACGGGCCUCAUUCACUUCAUUUUUGAAUUCGGUCACGCUAACCUUUACGCAUGCGCACAAGAAAUGAGAACUUUUAGCGAGAGCUGUUGUUUUUCAUUGACUCCGUAUUUAUAUUUUAUUGUGUGCCAACAAUAUAUUUACAGGUAUAUUUGAGGUUAUAAAACGUUGUAAACAUGAAUUACUAUGAUAUGUGUAUGUAUUUCGCUUGGAAUUAGCAAUAGCACAAGAAAUGAGAACUUUUAGCGAGAGCUGUUGUUUUUCAUUGACUCCGUAUUUAUAUUUUAUUGUGUGCCAACAAUAUAUUUACAGGUUCCUCUUUGAACGCCCUAUCCUCCCGAGUGAGAACUCACGUAUAUCCGUGACAUUUGGUGGCCAGUGUUACAUUUGGGACGUUUUGGUGCGAAAACAGUUGAGGACGAACUCAGUUCGGGUGGAUUGUCUCCCCGCUUGUAUCAGCCAAUGAGAAUUGGGAAACCCUUCUUACGUCACAUAGUGAAUGUCAACAAGGAAUUCCGUCCAUCAUGUUGUAUCGAAAAUUUUAUAUUUUGUUUUAACAAUCAAAUGAAAGCUUUCUAAAGUUGUUUGGCAUUGAAGUUGUGUGUAUUGUGUGGAAGUCAACCUUGGCACUGAGCACUACAUUAACAGUUUAACAGAUAUCAUUGCAUAAAUACAUUUUCAUUUUGGUAACUGGUGAUUGGUGAGAUAACCCUUUCAUAUCUUUCUUCUGGUCCCUGAUACUAUACUCUAGAAGCCAUUUCUUUCCAUUUUACCAUCUGUAUUGUCUUAUUAUUACUAUACUCCUGUAAGACAUCCCCACUUUAACAGUCCACUUUAUUGAAAAGCUUGUGAAAUACUUUUGUACUAUUACCUGAUUAAAAAAAAAAAAAAAAAAAAAAAAAGAAUUUCAUCUUUGGAAGAAAUUUAAUUUUGGAAGCUUUAUUAAUUAAUUAAUCUUUUGGCGGCUCACAUACACUUCAUAAAAUUUAUGUGUCUUUGGAAAAUGUUUUGUAUUAGGUGCCUGAGUAUGAAAAAGUCAGUAAUGUAGUCUUGUAGUGUAAUGAUAGUUUAGUUCAACUUGUUGGUACUUCUGUCAUAACAGUGAAAGCCUAAUAAAUAUCAAAAUACAAGAAAUACUAUAAAAUAAUUGACAUUUUAUCACAGGGAUUAGAUACUCCUUUGAUAAAAUCUCUUAUAUUACUUAAAUAUUCUAGUCCGUGUAAAAAAAUUGUUCCAUUUAUUUAAAAUUGAACUGUUUUUGAAAUAAAAACAAAACAUUUUACAAUUGCGGUGUACUUGCAGUGACAAUUGUAUUUUGUUUAGACUUUUCUCGGGUUUUUGAAUGCAGUUAUCUGGAGAAGAUUGGAAAUUGAAGUAAUUUUCCGCAACUAUUUGGACCAGGUAUUAUAGUGUGGUACAAUUGAAUCUUUGUUGUUGUGAAUUUUACAGUACUGGUUUAGCCAGGAAAGUACAUGAAACAUUGUGCUCUAGUUUGAAAUUAAAUCAAGUGAUUAUUGAAGACAUUUGGGAAUAGCAGUCAUAUGGAAGUAGUGUGUGCUUAUAUUGUCUUCAUUGUUAUUUGAAUUUCCCUUGUAAAUUGUUUGGUAGGUGAAAUCCAUUCAAUUUUAUUACAAGUUUGAUACAGUACUGGACUUGAUAUUUAUAUAUUGCACACAUUCUCACAUUGGAAAACUAUAGAAGUUAGUACAGUGUAAAGGAAUUACCAGCAUUGAAUAUAGUGAUUGCAUUUACAGACAUUUGAUUGGUGCACAUAAAAGCUGCAAAUUUGAAAGUUUAUUUAUGUGUUAUUUAUUUUGUUUGUAAAAAAAUUUUCUAUGGUGUACAAUAUGGGACAUCAUUUUUGUGUGUUUUAAUUAUUCAUUUACUGAAGGCCUGAAUUGUCUUUUGUAAAUAAAAUUCAGCUGGUGUGUAACUUCUGCUAGAUAUACAUAUUACCAUUACAAAUUUCAGUUGCCAUAUUUGUGUAUGGUGUACAAUGUGUGCCAUCUUGUGAACAAAAAUUUAUUUUUGUGUAUUACUUUGAGUUUAUCUAUUUUCAUUUGAAAGUUUUUAUUUGGAAUAAUAUUUCAAGUAAAAAGUGCCCUUCAUUUUAUUUAUUUUGAUCAGUCUAAGUUGUUGUUGUGGAUUUGUUGACACGUUAUGUCAGUUAUUAUCAAUAUGGAUAAUGACGAUACCACACCUAGAGGAAAAGAUAGUCGUGAUGAGUUAGAUCUGGAAUAUUGUUUGAGACGUGUUUUGAGUUCUGGUUAUACUGUUGAUACAGUGCAACCUAGAACUGAUAGACGUUCACUCUCCACUGAUGCUGAUCCUGAUACACAUACACCUAUUAGGGAGUACCGACAUAGACAUCGUGAUCGUUCUCCUCCUGUGUUAUCUCCUCAUAGGUUGCAUUCUAUUCAUGAAAGUGCCCCGUCACCCUUUGUUGAAAGACGUCAGAGUCGUGUUUCUUUUCGUCCUGAUUUCGAUUCCACCCCUCUUGGCUCAAGCUUGCCCAGAAAAUCUGAUUAUUAUUCUAGGCCUGAGUUUGAAGGAUUAUCACAGUCCUUUCCCAGAUCUGCUUCUCUCCCACAGCAUGAUUCUUAUAGCAGCCCUUACAAUUUUCCACCACAGAGACUUCCUAAAUUACCUCAGUUUUCAGGGGAAUUGAAGAAAGAAGAUGUGGAAUUUGUCGUUUGGAAGUAUGAAGUCAACUGUAUCCUCAAAAGCGGUAUGUAUUCUGAACAUUCCAUUUUGGAGUCGAUUCGGCGUAGUCUGCGUGGGAAGGCCAGAUCAGUUUUGUUACAUCUUGGGGAGUGGGCGACUGUGGAUGAAAUCGUUCGAGAAAUGGAUGCAACUUAUGGUAACGUGGCAUCAACAGAGAGGCUGAAAGAGCAAUUCUACUCUGCAAGUCAACGGGAGGGUGAAUCAAUUGUUGACUAUAGUCUUCGAUUGGAACAUCUUCUUGUUGAUUCCCAAAUCACACUUGAUAGAAAGACACGGGAUGACAUGUUGAGGAACAGAUUGUGGUCUGGACUAAGGAACCAGGAUUUGAAGAACGCCACUAGGUACAAGUUUGAGGCGGAACUUGAUUAUACAAGGUUCAGGCGAGAGUUGCGACUUGUUGAAGAGGAGAUGAAGUUGGCUCAACAAGGAGUGAAAUCAUCAGGUACCUUUACCAGGGAUAGAUCUUCCACUUCUUCUACUUCUUCUUUUCCUUCUAAUUCUUCAGACAGGUCCAAAGUGCAGGAUGUAAGACAGUGUAGCACCUCUGUUGAAUCCAAAAUUUUACAGGAGUUACAGGAUGUUACAGCUCAGUUGAAGACAUUGAACAGCAGAGUCACUCGCAUCGAAAGAGACCUUGAUGAUGUCAAGAAGAAUAGGUAUAGGUCAGAUGGGAACCGAUGGCGAGGUAGAGGUACUGACAUCCGAAGUCAAGAGACAGAGCCGCAACCACCAUCAAGUUCUAACUCUGCUACUCCAUCCAAGACAGAUAAGCCUUUAAACCAGCAGGCUCCUCCACCAAAGGGCCAGUAGGAGGACCGCCCAGUCAGAGAGGCCCACCAAGUAUCCCUUUGGUUGGACAUUCCAAUGAAACAGAUGUUCUUGUUAAUGGAUGCCCUGCUACAGCACUUUUAGACUCUGGUUCUAUGGUCACAACUCUUGCUCAUUCUUACUUUU